AUGAAGACUUGGCUGUCUCUGCUCUGGAGAGCCACCCCUCCCCACUUAAUGUUUUUCCCACUACUGUUCAAGGAAGCCUUCACUAAGAGUCGACUUAAGAUUGUGAAGCACCUGGGAGCAACUUGGCCCUACCCCAACCUCUAUAUUGGCCCUCUGAAGCACAACUUCAAUGCGUAUAAUAUCAAGGGUGUUUUCUAUGGAAUAGAUUGGCUUAGUGGCCAGAAUGUUUGGCCUCAGAGGUGUACACUGAAAGAACUCUAUCUGUUGGAUAUGAAGCAUGACUUCCUGGUAAUAAUGAAUCCAAGACAGGAUUAUCUCUACAUACCACAGCCCCAACUAGAGGAGGAAGAUACAACAGUGCUGAAGAAACCACUAACUGUUUAUGCUGACUCUGCUUUCAUGGCAGACAGUCUCAAACACUACUGUGAUUUCUUGGAUCAGGGUUUCAAUAAGAGAUUGAAUACAAUGAGUUUGAACUUUAAGUAG